UGGCCUGGGUGCUCACUCGGUUAAAGAGUGGCUUUGCUGUCUCUAAUUUUCCGGGUUAAAUUCGGGAGGGUUUCUUUGAGCAGUUUCUGCACUUUGGAACCUGGCCAUUUCAGUUGAAACGCUUAGUUAAGCUUUCGGUGGUGAAAAGAAAAAUACAAAAUGGCAUCGAAAAGAGCCUUAGUAAUCCUGGCCAAAGGAGCAGAGGAGAUGGAAACAGUUAUCCCCACUGAUGUCAUGAGAAGGGCCGGUAUCAAGGUGACUGUUGCAGGUCUGACUGGAAAAGAGCCAGUGCAAUGUAGCCGUGAUGUAUUAAUUUGUCCUGAUGCCAGCCUAGAGGAUGCGAAAAAGGAGGGACCAUAUGAUGUGGUGGUCCUGCCAGGUGGUAACCUAGGAGCCCAGAAUUUAUCAGAGUCUUCUACUGUGAAAGCCAUACUGAAGGAUCAAGAAAACAGAAAAGGCCUUAUAGCUGCUAUUUGUGCAGGUCCCACAGCUCUGCUGGCUCAUGGCAUAGGCUUUGGGAGCAAAGUCACAACACAUCCUGGGGCCAAAGACAAAAUGAUGAAUGGAGAUCAUUACAAGUACUCAGAGAACCGAGUAGAAAAGGACGGAAUGAUUCUUACAAGUCGUGGCCCUGGAACCAGCUUUGAGUUUGGCCUUGCUAUUGUUGAGACCCUGAUGGGGAAAGAAGUGGCCGAUAAGGUGAGGGCUCCCCUUAUUCUCAAAGAUUAAGUGGAGUUGGCUCCUGAAAAUAGGUCACACACCCCUAAAAGGCCUCAUUCUUCUGUCUUUAGAGUUCCCCUCCAAUAGCCAAAGCCAAGAGGUGGUCUGUAUAUUGUAGUUUCAGUGAGUUAAUUGAGUUGUAAUUGUACUACUUGGGCAAUUGUUCCGUUUAAAGGAAAACUUGAACAAAGUGUACUCCCAGUUUGUGUCCCUCGGCAACCUAAAAAUCUUUGAAGCUUGUGACUUAACUAUGGUAGAGAAUUAAGUUCCUGAAUGUAAAAGCCCUGGGUCCACACAUUUCUGAACCUGGCUUGCUAAAUAAAGAGUUGUUGUCUAAACUGUC